UUCUUUACGUAUUUACAUGUUUUUACAAUAUUCUACAAGCAAUUGAGCGAAAACGGCGUCCUACUUUUUGCUAAGUGUAAGCCGUGACAAAUGAGCAUUUGUAUGUUGAUAUAUACGUUCGUUCGUAUGAACACAAUUCGAAAAACGUAACCGAGACUUUUUACCUGUUAAGCAGACAUUUGUUCAAAAAUAAAUAAAAUAAAAAAUAAAAACUCGUAUACACUCGAAGUUGAUACAUAUAGUGGCGGCUUCAACGGAAAUAUGAGAAAUAAUGGAAUCCAUUUAAAAAAUAAUAAAAAAUAAAUAAAUCAACAGAAUUUGAAAUUGUGGCCGGAAUAAGAAUCGAAACUACACUGGAAAUUUGUAAAGCAAUUUAGGAUACUUAAUUUAUUGCCUUUCAGCUUAAUCAACUGGAAUCAAAGCUUAAAAAAUAAACUAGCGAUUAAACAAUACAAAUUUUAAGAUCAAAACAAAAACUAAAAAUUAAAUUAAAAGAUCUUAGGGGAAAACUUAAAACGCUUCUCUACAUUUUGAUUAGAUUACUUUAAAUAAUUUUAAAUAAAACUCAAGCUUAAAAAAAUGUUUUAUUUAUUGAAACCAAAAAAAUUAAACCCCACAACUUAAUGGUAGAUAAAUUCUGCAAAUAGAAAAUAUCAUUGCAAUAAAGAACUUUAAAAGAGACCAAAAAGAAAAAAAACCCAAAUGGUUUUGCUUAUAUUUAUGCAAUUAAAAAGUAAUUUAAAACAACAAAAGCGAGCAAAAACUCAAGCUGGCUCUACAGAUGGAUAAUACAUCAACACAAAAGCAAAGUGUUGACAAAGUUUUCGAUAAAAAUAGGAACCAACCAACACAGCCGCAGCAACCACGACGAGAAGAGGGAAAACCUGAACAAUCACCACAGCAAAAGCAAUCAAAACGAUACAAAUUAGUUCGAACGACAGAAAGUGUAGGAAACACAUUUUCGGCUGCAUUGAAACUGCAACAAGUCAAUACUACAACAAUAGCAGCAACAAGUGCCAGUUCAAUAAAAUCAUCCUUCACAACUGCGAGUACCAAACCUUCCACCGAAACGCCAACCGCGGCACAAGCUGCCAUUGAUGCCGCUCAGCGCCUGAAAGACGGCAGCACAGACGUAAUGGGCGGCGGUUUUGCGAUUCCGCCACCAACCGCAAGCUCAGCAAUAGCAACAAUACAGCAGUUAAAGAAGCAACACGGCAAUUUAGAAGCAGCAAUAGUUGUCGUCGCAGCGACAACAACAACAAACACAAAAAUAACGAACGCGAAAACAGUUUCAGCAGUAAACAAAGGGACACCAACGCCAUCGCAAAUGCAGGAAAAAUUGCUAGACCACAUCCAAACGGAAAACGACGACGAUCAAAAGCGUGAUAAAAACUCCAAAGUAAAGGCAACGAAUAAGCAGGACGAAGUCUCUACAGCAAUAACCAGCAAAUCUUCGAGCGGACGACCCACCUCUGCGUCGGGAAAGAGCAAAAUUUCCAAAGAGUCACGUGGCAAAUUCGCCGAUAAGUUACGACGGUCAUUUCGACGUGGCGAACACAAGUCGCUUGAAAUCAAGCGGCCCGAAUGCAGCUUGGAGGGUCUAACUGGUGGCAGCAUCAGCGCGAAUCACGUCGCACAUCGAUAUUCGCCGCAAGAAACUAACAGCAGUUGCAACAGCCUCGUUGACGGUAGUGGCGGCAGUCACUUUAAUUUUGGAUACUUCGGCUUGCGAACAUUGCCGCCACUCCAGCGCAGCUCGCAUUCGAUCUUCUCUCUAACUCAUUUGCCUGGACUGAGUGGUAGUAGAGCUGGGAGUGGUAGCAUUGCGGUAGGCAGUGGUAGCAUAAGUAGUGUGUACAGUUCUACCAGCGGAGGACACAUCAAUCCAGCGCUACUCUUGGAUAGCCCUGAUGCAGAUACACCACCCGAGUACGCUUACCAUCACUUAAGCAGUGUUGCCACAACGAACUCGAGUACUUCUUUGGAGAGCAAUUUUGGAGAGCAAUUUUCCGAACGUACGCCCUCUCAGUCGAGCAUUAGCUAUUGGGCGUGGCAACAAUCCAAUUCAUCAAUGGGCGGCGAAGUGAGCACGAGUAGCAGAGGCGGUAUCGCAGCGGCGAGCGGUUCGAGUGGCAUAAUUGGAUCUGGUAGUGGGGGCGUCAGUGGAGAUGGCGGCAGUGCCGAAGCCAAAAACGUCAGCGAUUGGAAGGGGAAGGAACAACAUGAAAAGCAAAAAUUGCAAUCUCAAAGUAGCAGUAAAAGUGAUACGCAACCACAACAAGUAAGCCGAAGUUGUAGCAUUACCAGCGAUAGCAGCUCCACGAAGCUCACGCGUCUACAAAACUUUCUUUUUAAGUCAAGCAACGAAAGCACCAGAAGCUUCCAUGCACAUUCGAAAGAAGCAUUCACAGCCUCAUCGCAUAACUCCUCAUCGGGAGAGUGGGAGAAUUUGGGCUUCACAACGACCAGUGGUAGUGGUAGUCAUGUGGCCGCAGACUUUUAUGUCGGUAGCUUUCCAGAGGAGUCCGACGACGAUAAUGGUGUUUGCACAGCGCCACCACCAACUAAUAACAAUAUGUCUGCCAGCGGGAGACCAAAGUUGAAGCGCGCCGAUUCGGGUGAGCCGGCUGGAUCAUAUUACCAGUACACACUAACCUCUCCGAAUAAUCCAUUUUUGCCCGAAAUCAUCGCGCGCACCUAUCACAGCGCCUACGACAAGGAAGACGAGCCGCUCGAUGACAAUGUGACGGCCGUCAAGUACGGUAAAAGUGCGGAUGCCAUUACUACAGUGGCGGGUGGUGGCACACAUUCCGCGCAACUGCCAACACCAGCAUACAGCCGAGCGGGCUCACAAGAGUCUACACAUAGUGAUAGUGCUAUCCCAACAGCAGUCUCGGCAAGCAGCUGUUCGCCCGCACUGCACACUUCCAGCGCGGCCUCCAGUUCAUCGUCAACACCAGGACGACAGCGACGAAAGCUGUUCAUUUUGAACUCACCAACGCGACAUUUACUGCACCAACAGCCGUCACAUAAGCAGCAGCAGCAACAGCAGCAGUCACAUGCAGCUACAGACGCAGCAGCUGUUUGCAAGCCCACACCAAGCACGUUCGCUUCCGGCAGUAGCUUCAUAAAGAGUCUCAACCCCUUCCUCCCCGCCGCCAGCGGAAGUGCUUCAAACAAUAGCGAUGGCAUAGUCACAACAAGCGCAGCAACAACGACGGCCACAACAUCGCCUGCAGCCGUUAUGGGCGCCGCAACGAAGCGGGUACCGUUAAAGCAAUCGGCCGUGACAUCUCCAAUCGCGGUGCCGCAGGAUUUGAAUGCAAAACGCGAGGAAUUCUUGCGUGCCACAAUGAAGAUUUGCUUGGUCGUCUCGCCGCCAACCAGUAAAUUGCAGUUAAAAUCGAAAAGUCUAACACAUUUAGAUGGCCUGGAUUCGAUGGUUGCAAGUCCGCAUAGUAUUCCCGCUGGCAAAGCGACGAAUGUAGUCACAAGUUCUGAAUAUUUCUCUGUGAGUUUUUGUACUGAUCAAGGCGUCCAAGAAGAGGAAUUCAUUCCCGCAACCAAAGGUGUAACGCUUUAUGGCGCUCUGAGUCAAGCUCUGAAGCGGAGAAAUCUGAGCUUCUCACAAAUCACCAUCACCGACAAUAAUCCACCAAACAGUUUUUUGGAAACUGGCUACUCUCCGCUGACAAGUUCGCUGGAUGAAAAUACCGACGUGGAAAACUUGGCAGGGCACUAUUUGAUCAUUACUGAACGAGAUGGCAGUCGGAAGACACUGCAAAAAGCCGCUUCCUUUGGUUCACGUACUCGUCCGCCCCGUUUACUCUCAUCCGCUUCGACGGAAGAAACCAGCGAAGCAGCUGUGCCAGGGAAACAGCUAAAACAACGCUGGUCCGGUCUGUUCGGCAUCAAAAACCCGCAACAGAGUCAACUAUGCGAGCUACUCAAUAAUUACGCGAAGAAUGGUGUACCACAAAAGACAGCUUCGCUGAAUUUCGAUCAUCCGGAUUUCGAUGCGGCCUUGGAAUAUUUAGACAACAUGCACAAAUCGUGGAAGGAUAUUGUCGACAGCACCGACAUGAAUGACAACGAAACGAGAAUACAGACUGCCAUUUGGGAGUUGGUCACCACUGAAGUGUACUACAUACACGCCCUGCAAACGGUGACUGAUCUCUUUCUUGCGUGCUUGGAGGCGGUGCAAGAGGAACGCCUUCUUACCGAUGUCGAUCAGCAUCGGCUCUUUUCGAAUGUGCGCGACAUAUGCGAAGCGAACCUCAAGUUUUGGAUAAUUUACCUCUACCCAAUGGUGGCGCAUAGUAUUGCCACGCGCGAACCACUGCGCAUCUCAUUUUUCCAUCAGGGUUUCGUUGCUUUUGCCUCCAUCUUCGCACCAUACAAAAAGUACUGUGCCGAGCAGAGUACCUGUCAGUUCUAUUGUAAGGAACUAAAUCGGAAUAAUUCGCUCUUCACUUCUUACUUGGCCUGGUGCGAAUCACAAAAAAUGUGUAAUCGGCUACGAUUGGCUGACAUUAUAGUGCGGCCGAUGCAACGAUUGACGAAGUACAGUCUUCUUUUGGCAGCGAUAAAAAAACACAUGUCGGAUGUAGAACUGGUAGAAGCGGUCGAUACAAUGAUUCAUUCCGUGGAGAAUUUUGUUUUUAGUGUAAAUAAUCACUUGACGACCCGCCAAGAGAAUGAACGUUUGAAGGGUGUUAUGGCGCGCAUUGAGUCUUAUGAUGUAGUGGAUACCAAUAAUGAACACCUGGACAAAAUGAUAAAGCAAUAUAGUCAAAUGUUCGAUUUGUGUGCCCCCAUGAAGGGUUGUCCCGCCCAUCAGGUGCGUCAUCUCUUCAUGGAGGGUGACCACAAAUUCAAAGACAAUCUGGGCAAAGCGGACGUGCACUGUUUCCUGCUUACCGACAUGCUGCUCGUCUGCAAAGCAAUUGCAAAGCGUGGUCUCGGCUCGCUCAAGGUGAUUCGGCAACCAUACUUAACAGAUCGGCUUGUCGUGCAACAAAACAAUAACGUUUUAAAUUGUGUCUACCUCAAUGAGUUCCAAGUAGCCAUAACUGCAUUCACUCUCCAAUGUUCCGAGGCCAAGAAUUGGUAUGAGUCAUUGAAACGUGCUAAAAUGAUCUACACGAGACUGAAGCAAGGUACCGGCAAUUGGGAUAGUUUGCGUUUCGGUGGAAGUGGACCAAGUGUUGGCACAGUCGACUCCCUUGGUGUGAAAAAGUCGCCAAUGAAUUCAUCAAUAUGCAGUCAUGUGUCUAGCGCUAACAAUAGUCACAGCGGUUCGGUGGAGUGGAAUGAUUCGCGCAACAUAUCUGUGGACUUUGAAAAGACUAACUCUUUAUCCAGUGAAGAUGGUUCGAUGGGCAAAAAUCUUACAUCCGUUCCUCUUAAGCUAAAAGUGAAUACCGCUUCGGCGAAUACACUUUCUGUACAACCACUUAAUCACCUGGGUCAGAGUCUGCCGAAUCUAAAUCUCAACCAUAGCCAUACUAAUCUAUAUUAUACUUAUAGUAAUAACACUUUACUGGUGCCCGGCACUACAACAAGUCAUUCGGGUAAUUUAUUACUAUCGCCUAGUCAUAGGGGCAUCUCGUAUCCACCGCCUAGUCCAACGAGUAGGGUCCCACUUCGGCGUGGUAUGGCCUUUUCUACCUCCACCAAGAACCCGCCGCUAGUCAAAACUCGCAAUAUUACAUCACAGAAUAGCAUUAACUGGCCUCAAAUACAGGCCACGUCUACGUCAGUCAACCCACAUCAGCUACACAAUGCGCCAGGAAACACUGCGAUCGCAAGAUAUACGCCCAAUACAGCACUCUCGACUCAACUUAACCAAUCAAAAUGUCAUAGUACUAACGAAUAUACGAGUACAACGAGCGCCGGUACAUCAGCGUUGACGGCAGUACAACUGUCCUGUGAAAAUUUGACAGAUGCUACUUGUCAGCAGCAGCAGCAGCAUUACGCUUGCAACGAAACCGAUGUCUGAUUUGUUGGCAAUGAGGUACCAACAAAAGCGACCGUGAUUAUAUAUAUUGAAUAGUAUUAAAUAAAAUACGGUAACCAUUACCAAAAGGAUGUCUCUUCUCGUCAAUCGGCCGAAUGGCAAAGCUCCGAAGAGGGUCGCAGAUGGUAAUUCUGAAAAUGGUACUCAAACCGCCAGCCAGUGUCGAUGGUCCAACAUACAAAUAUACAUAUAUUUAUAUACAUACAUUAUACUGUGGGUAGUAUUAGUAAUAUUUGUGUAGGGAUUAAGCAAAAGUAAAGCUUAAAGCUUAUCGUUGGCGGACAAGCCGCUUUCUAGCACACCAAAAGCGUAAACAAUAAAAUCCAUAGCGAGCACAAAUUAGUGAAAAAGACACAAAACACGGGUAUACAUAUACAUAUGUAUGUAUAUGUAUGUAUGUUGGCAUAUUAUAGAAAGAAUAACUAAUUGUUAUAUUUAAAAAUAUAUUUUGGGCAAAACUACCUUCAGUUUCCAGUAAAACAUAUAAAUCCUAAUACGGGACAAGAAAAAAAAACUAGGGAAAUGGUAUGUAUAAAAACAAUAAAUGUGCAUAUGCAUACAUAUAUGUAGAUAUAACUAUAUGCUAACAAUUAUUUAAGUAGUCUAAAUACCUUAGUACAUACAUACAUAUAAUCAAUAAAGCGUCUAGUGAAAAAGUUAUUAAAAGAUUUUAUGUUAGAAAUAUACACCAAAAUUAAUAAGCCAAAAAAAGCAUUGAAUACAUACAUACAUAUUUAUGUAAAGGAAAUACUUUUAACAACUGCAGGCAUGCAACGAGUUUUACAUACAAACUAUUAAAUAUACAUAUGUAUGUAAAUACAAAUACAAGAUAGCUGCAUUCCCCAAAUUUGAGGUGCAGAGCGUAGGAGCAAAGCAGAUCCAUGGCAUAAACAGAAUUGUAAAUACAUACAUACAUACACACAUAUUUAUGUGUGUGCGCAUGUGGGCCCUCUUAGACUUUUUAAUGCAAGUAAGUAUUAGCUUAAACCAUAAACAGACGGCAGCGUUGAUCCGGAUCAACUCGGAAAUUGACUUCAGUUGAUCCGGAUCAAGUCCGAGUUAAUCCGGAUCAACGCUGUCAUCUGUUUAAGCUUUUACGUAAAAAUCGCUGCUAUGGUAGGCGAAAACUAUGUAUAUACAUAGGUAUCCUUAUGUAAAUAUGUAUACAUACAUACAUAUUACCGCAAGAACCCUUUCACCUGUGCCCUUCCACAAGCCAAUAGCUGUGAACUUUAAACUCUAUUUAGUGUUUCUACUUGGUACAUAUAAUUAAUAUCUACAAUAUGGAACCACACAUACAUAUGUAUAUAUAUGUAUGCGUACAUAUUUAUUUUGUUUAAGUAAUUACUACUUUUAUUGUAAAUUAAAAAAUGUGCUUUAAAUAUUAAAACUGUCAUUAGUGCGAGCCCAAGUAGUUUUUAGAACUGGUUGCUGGUAAUAUACAAAAACAAAACAUGUAAGUUGUUAGUGAGUGCAUACUUAGCUGUAGUAUCCCAAAUAUUUACAUAUGUAUGUAUGUAAGCAUGUAUGUAUGACUCAUAUAAUUUGAGUAUACUCUCAAGUAUUAAUAAAAGGAAGAAAGGCUUAUAUAAGCAAACAGCAAAAUAAAUAUCUUAGUUGAUCAAUUACAUUUACCUAUACAUAUACAUUAGUACUUACAUACGUAUGUACAUACAUAUGUGUAUAGUUUAUAAGUAUAUAUGUAUAUACAAUAACAAAAUGAAUCAAAGCAACAGUUAUAAAAUGUACACGAAUUAUGACUUUUACUAGGGAUAUACUUAUAGUGCUUAGUACUCCAUAUACAUACAUAUUUAUGUAGUGUACAUACAAAAUAAUGUAUCUUACUUAGGUACAUACAUUAGUGACUAAAAGUAAUUGACAAAUAUUUGUGUACUUAUUCAUUUAAAAUAUGUAUGUAUGUAUGUACAUUAGACUGCAUCACCAAAAAAAAGGUGCCGU